AUGGUCACACCAGCGGACCGCUAACUUACGAUCCAAAGGGCGGUAGUGGCAAAAGUCUUUAGGAGGCGGUGUCACCUCAACUGAGCAGAUUCUUCCCAGCUUCUCUCAUUCCCGUCACGAUGAGGAAGAUACUGGUUCUACUGUGUGUGAUCGGGUUGGCCCUAGCAGGGCCAAUUCCGGAGGCUCGUGAAGACAACGGAAGUGGGUACGAGACUCCGGAAACGGUUUAUCCGGACGAGGAGGAAAAACCAGAAAAUGACGGAUAUGACGUCACUCAGCCCGAGAAAUCGGACACGGAAUCGGAUUGGCCAUUCGAAGACCCCUGGACAUUCGAUACGGACUGGGAAAUUCCGGGAUGGGACGAGGUGGAUCCCUACGAUCCGGAUCAACCGGAUUCUGAGAGGCCAAUAUCCAACUAUCCGGAAGAGGCGGGACCAGAGGAAAAAGAUCUGUCCUACCCGGAACAGGCCGAGGUUCAAGAACGAGAUCCGGAUCCCUACUAUCCAGAUCCGGAAGAGUCCAACCGCGAGGAUCCCGGCUUCUACUAUCCGGAACAGCCGGAUCAAGAGGAGCCAGAACCGGAGUAUCCGGAACGAGAAGGAUACAAAGAGGAUCACGGUGGAAACCAGGCAGCAGAACAGCAGCAACCACGACAGGAAGGCGCUGAAACCAUGCCAGUGGAGGAAGCCGCACAGUACAGACAGCCGGCUCAGGACAUCGUGGCAGGCGGCUCACGUCCAGGUCAGAGGUCAAGGCUGCCUCCCGACCUACCCGCCGCCCAUCCCGCUACCUACCACCCCAGCCAACCCGCUCCCGACCCCGGCAGCGACGACUACCCUGACUACACCGACACCGAUGUACUUGUGUAUUACACGUACCAUAGCGUCGACACCUCACGCCUACAUCCUUACCAGAACGUACCACAACAUUACAACAACGCGGCCUAUGCGCGCGCGGGGUAUAGUCCGUACGACCCCCGUAACUACUGGAUACAACAUACCGACGGCUCGUAUAGUGUCAACCCGUACUAUCACGACUAUAGUGAUGAUAGACCUUCUUACUUGUAGUAAUCAUGACUUUUAUCAACAUGAUGGUUCGCUAAAGAGCUCGUAUAAUGGGCACGCACUGUCGUCACUAUACUCGCGACUAUAGUGAUGGGCAAUAGGCUAUAUGGACUAUAGGCUCGUAUAGUGUCAACCCGUACUAUCACGAUUAUAGUGAUGACAGGCCUCCUUACUUGUAGGAAUCAUGACUUUUAUAAACAUGAUGGUUGCUUAAGUGUUCGAAUAGUGUCAACCCGUAAUAUCACGACUAUAUUAGUGAUGACAGGCCUCCUUACUACUUGUAGAAGUCAUGGCUUUUAUGAACAAAUGUUCGCUUAAAUAGUUAAUUUGUUGGUAUAUAUUAUAUUACGCCUAGUACUAUGUUCAAUAGUGGCUGCAUGAAGGAGGCCAUAUGUGUGUGCACGUAGUAUCUUCAUUACUUGAGUAACGUUAAUUGCUUCGCUUUACUUUGGUCUAAAGUAAGGUCAUUUGCUGUGCAAAA